CCCUUUUCUAUCUCGCGCCUUUGCAUCGGCGCAGUCCAUCUUGCCUCUCAUAUCGCUGCUGUCACCCUUUGCCAGCGCGCCGUCCGUGUUGUUGUAGUAAAUAAUGGCGGCAUCGGGAGGUGGAUUAUCAUCUCCCGCUACCGUCGCGGGUUUGAGCAUCCAAGGGGUUGCCCGAGCUCGUUUUCCGGGCCGGCCGUGCACGGCUCGCAGCAGGCUGCGGUCGGAAAAACGUACCAGACGCGGAAGGUUGGGCUCGGACGACGGGGACCUGGCUGCCGGAGGGCCAAGGCCCGUAAACAUCGGCCUGGCGUUGAGCGAGGAUCCGUUCCUGCUGCGCCUGCUCGGGGUGGCGGAGAAGCACAGCCGGCAGAAAGAUGUGGGAUUCGACUCCAGCAACAGUGAGGAGGAGGAAGAUUUUGCUGGAUUUGGGACCACAAGAGUUCGUCAACAGAAAACUUCUGGCACUGUUCCACAGUCAUCCUUACUCAGCCAAGCAAAGUCUCCCCAGGCUUCAGACUCUUCUCUGGAACCAAAGCCUUUCAUUGGGAAAAUUAUACCCAAGACCCAAAAACCAGCUCUUAUUGGGAAAAUUGUACCAAGGGUCCCUAAAGAAGGCCAUGUUGUAAAAGACAGCCCAUUGAAAGACAAAGAAGUACCUACAAUGGUAAAGAAAGCGCAUAGCAAGCAGGUACCUCUCACUGCAAAAGCCAAACGUACAGAUGGGCAGGCCUCAGGUAGACAGAGUAGUACAAGAUCAGCCAGCUUUUCAGAGAAAGCAGGAAAAUCAGCAGACUCAGGCAGCACUCAAAGCCAAACAUCCAUUACCUCAGAUGGUGGCAGCAAGCAAGAUCAGGAACUGGGCACUCUGGCAGCAGUCAAGGGUACAAGAAAAGCUUCCAAGGUGAAAGAACGAGGAGAGGUGUCAGAGGACUCGGAUAUAGACCAAUCCCUGCCACAGAGACCUGUGAAACGCAUGAGGGGUUUCCGAAUUGGGAACACCAGACGCACAUCUCAGGCUGUUGCUUUGUCGCCCACAUCCUUUCACAAACGGCAAAGAAAGAGAAUGUCCAAGGGUAUGGGUGCCUCUCCAGAGGCUGGAGCUGAGGCUGGUGCCCAUAGUGGAGAGGAGGCAGCAAUGCCCCUCGAGUGUAAACCCACAGAUUCGUCUGUGAAAAAAACACAUAGAAGAGCACGCAAAUCUUUGUUUGGGCACAGGCGAAAGAUACCAAAAAAUGCUCCCAUCAUUAAACGUCCAAAAAUAGGUCGGAAUCGCACUAAGCGUGUUUUUUACACCUAUUUACCAGAGCCCUUUCCAGCCACACCAACACCGGAUGGAAAUGGGCAGCAGCCGCAAGGUCAGGAUAUCACUCCAUCAGUGGGUGAGCCAAGCUCGUUUUCCGAACAAGUCCAGCAGAGCUCAAACAGCUCCACUGCUGUAAGUGCACGGUCCUCCCGUGUUAUUAAAGUUCCAAAGAGGUUUUUGGAUGAAGAAAUUAUUCCUUUUCCAAGGGGUCCGCUGUCCACUUGGCUGAAAAGUCAACAGAGGGAGGACGGAAAACCAAGUCUGUCGUGUCUCGAGCCAAGUUAUGAUGACAACUCGCUGCAGUCAAGCAGUGACUCUAUGUCUGUGGUUGACAGUCCAUCAGUAGCAAAAAAGUUGUCACCAAAGCCCAGUCCAAGCACAAGCCACCUAGAGAUCUACAAGAACCUGAAGAAACUGACCUUGAAACUGGCAGAGAAAAAGAAAGGGGAUCCAGACACCGAGGAGUAUCAAACACAUCGUGGUGACAGUUUGACUUCUCAGGUCAAGAAGAGGCGGAAGUCAAAGCUAAUGAUGGAGGAGAUGGACUCUCCUGGUGUUGUGAGGAAACUAGCUGUGGUGGUGAACACAGAUGUGGAAUCGCCUGCAUGUGUGCCAUUGCAAGAUACAGGCAACAAUAAUGAAGAAGGAAUCAUGACUGGGGAGAGUCAAGAGCCAUUGGAUGUCAGUGGACCAAGCCAUCGAAUUGGCCUCAGUGGAGCCAAUAAGACAAUGCUUCACCUGCUGAAGAAAGCCAAAGUCCAGCUCAUCAAGAUUGAUCAGCAGAAGCAGCUCAAGUUGUCACAGCUGGGGUCCAGGGAAUCUCGAGUGCAACUACCAAUGACUGUAAGGAGGAGGAGAAGGAGGAGAAUUGCCGUUUCUCCCAAAGAUGCCAGUCCUCAGGAGCAGCCGCUGGGCGGUCCGAGGAUCAAACAUGUCUGUCGGGCAGCUGCAGUGGCUUUGGGGCAGCCUCGUGCCAUGGUGCCAGAUGAUAUUCCCAGGCUGAGCGCCCUCCCACUUCAUGAGAGAGAGGGCAUCACCUUUUCUCCCACAGCAGAAGAUGUGGCAGAUGAUGAUGAUGACGUCACUGAUCAGGGCAGGGCUCAGUGGGUUGUCUCUCAGGAGCACAUCCAGCGGCGCAGGAGGGGGAGGGGGAAAGGCCGUAGGUUCAGAAGAAGGAAGAUCCUGAGUCGGUAUGCGCGAGGGGGAGUCCGCUCCCGCCGCUGUGGACGGUGCAAAGGCUGUUUGAUAGAGGAGGACUGCGCAAAGUGUAUCAACUGCCUCGAUAAGCCAAAGUUCGGGGGGCCCAACACCAAGCGGCAGUGUUGCGUAUUUAAGAAGUGUGAGCGGAUUGAGAAAGGGAAGAUUGAGCGCAUCAUCAAACCAUUGAAAGUCCAGGCGAGGCGGCUCUCGGGCUCGGUGGCGGGCAGUGAUGAUGCAAACUGGAGCUUCGGAGAGGAAGGCGAGGGAUCGUCCUCAGUGUCGACAGGAGUCAGGAAACAGUCCCUGCGUAACAUCACACCACGCUCCUACAGCAGCCUGCUGAAGUCUGAAUCUGAAGAAGAGGGAGAAGAACUAGAGGACAAAUCAACAGUCAAGCCAAGUGUAGCUGCUGCCAGCAAAGAAGAUCUUGCUCCUCAAGAUGGUGAACCACAGCCAGACAACCUGCCGGCUGAGGUGGUGAAGCAACGCCGGCCAUUCUCCAGAGGAACCGGUGGCAGACCCCGAGCUUAUAAGGAACAGGAGAACAUGGAGGAGACGGAGCCCAGAGAAACUUUACCAGAAACCAGCCCAUCCAGGAGCCCAAUGCCGAAGCUGCAGCAGCAGCCACAAAUUCGCUUACACCGUCUUCCCGACUAUAUCCUGCAGUCUGCUCAUUAUAUUCCAGUGCAGUCAUGCCAGUGUCUGGAUCCGUGCACUGUAGAGUCACAUCUAUUAUUGUCCCGGCUUUUGAUAAAGCCUGCUGUUUCACAUUCGUUACAUUCAACAACAAAGUCUCCUGUAGAAUCUGUAAAGAGUCCUGUUUCCCUACUUUCUCCACAUCCCAUAAAAGACUCUCCAAAGAAAACCCUGCUGUUACGUUUGCACCGAUUGCCCGAGUCUGUGGUACAAUCAGCCUUGCAUUUGCACAAACACAUAUCCAUAUCAUCACGUCAACAGCACACCCUGUCCACACUGCACCCAUCUCCGGCAGAAGUUUUGUCAAACUUGUGUUCUCGGGGACAUUCAGACUCUGAGGUGCAGAAUCCAGAUAUUUUGACUGAGCCAAAUGAAGCUAACAAAGAUAAAACUGUGCACAAAACUGCGCAAGUGCUUCAUCAGACUGUCGGUCCACAAACAGAGUUUCAGGAGGGUACGCCAGUGGAGCAGGAGGACAGACGAGGGAAUCGGCCUGAAGAGGAGGAGGAGAAGAAUGAUUCUGUUAAAGGGACAGUGGUGCAAAACUGUCCAACAACUGACACACACUAUGUCCUUCGUUCCCAGAAUCCUGCAGAGUGUGCAUCAUUGAACACCCUGACGGGGUUAACUAAUGGAUUUCCCCAAAAGGGCCUGUUGCAGAACAAGUACAAGAUCCGCGUGGACUUCAAAGAGGACUGUGCUGUACAGAAUGUAUGGCUAAUGGGCGGCCUCAGUGUCCUCACGUCUGUCCCUACCACACCACAGCCUGUCUGCCUGCUCUGUGCUAGUAAAGGACGACACGAGAUGAUAUUCUGCCAGAUCUGCUGUGAGCCUUUCCACAGUUUCUGCCUCUCACCAGAGGAGCGCCCCAUGGAGGAGUACAAAAAGGACUGGUGUUGCAGGCGCUGCAAAUUUUGUCAUGUGUGCGGCCGGCGAAGCAAGAACACAAAGCCUGUGUUGCAGUGCAGGAGAUGCCAAACCUCUUACCACCCUGCCUGCUUGGGACCAACGUACCCUAAACCCAUAAACUGCAGCAUACCUUGGGUAUGCAUGACCUGUAUUCGUUGUAAAAGCUGUGGCGUGACUCCUGGAAAGACUUGGGACUUGGCUUGGAAUCAUGAGGAGGAUCUCUGUCCCGAUUGCACUCUUCUUCACAACAAAGGUAAUUUCUGCACCAUCUGCCACAAGUGCUAUGGCGACAAGAAACACACGCAGAUGAUUCAGUGUUCCUCAUGCAGCCACUGGAUUCAUUACACAUGUGAAGGACUUUCAGACGAGCUUUUUGGGUUGCUGUUAAACCUACCAGAAGAAGUGUCAUUCACCUGUCAGCCUUGCAGUAAGAACCGAACUGAACACAGCAGCUUGAAGGAGAAGCUACAGAGCAGGCUGUUAGCUGGGCUUGAGGAGGUGCUCACUGACCUCCUCUCCGAUGACACCACACAGCACCUCCUUAUCUGUAAAGCGUGUCAGGAAACAAACACCACACAUUUCGUCAGGAAACAGCAACCGGUCUGCGAUCUGCAGUCUGUGGAGCGUAAAUUUGAGGCGGACGGUUACACCUCAAUAAAAGCCUUCCAUGCGGAUGUCACCUCUGUGAUGAGGAAGUGGCUGAAGGAGGAGGAACUUCUCCCUGAGCAUGAGAGACCGACCAGUCAGGCCAGAGCGCGCUAUGUGAAACUGAUUGAGCAGGUUUUCAGCUGGUUUCCUGCACACUUUCUGAAAAAGUGGAACUCCUUCUCUGAGGAAUUUCCAAGUGGUAUGCUCCCUGAGGCGGUUCUCCCACCAUCUAAGGAGCACAGCUAUGCACAGUGGCUGGAAAGGACAUACCAGCCCAGGGAGUCCAGGGCCCCCCAGACAGGGAAAACUGACUGUCUGUUAUCUUUAGUCACUAUGCAGCAGCCUGGUGUACUGCACGGCCUCCCUCAGUAUUCACAUGGUGAUAUAAUGGAUGAUCUGGAAUGUACCAAGGCUGAAGAUAUGAGGCAAUGCACUCUGUGCCAGCAGUAUGGAGACUUUGCUCCCAGAGAUGCAGGACGGCUGUUGUACAUGGGGCAGAAUGAGUGGGCUCAUGUUAACUGCUGCCUUUGGUCUGCAGAGGUGUAUGAAGAGAAUAGUGCUCUUUUGCAAGUGCACAGUGCUGUCUCUAGGGGGCGCCACUUGCGCUGUGAUCGCUGCGGGCAGUCAGGAGCCACUGUAGGCUGCUGUCUUUCAACCUGCCAGAGUAAUUUUCACUUCAUGUGCGCUCGUGCCCAGAACUGUGUGUUUCAGCAGGACAGGAAGGUGUACUGCUAUAAACACAGGGAUCUUGUCAGUGCAAAGAUGGUUUCUGGAAAAGGGUUUGAAGUCCCUCGGCGGGUAUAUGUGGAUUUUGAGGGGAUCAAUCUCAGAAGAAAGUUCCUCACAGGCCUAGAGCCAGAAUCCAUAAACAUGACCAUAGGCUCUCUGCAGAUUCAGAAACUUGGUGUUUUGUCAGAGCUGUCAUCAAAUGGAAGGAUGUUGUAUCCUGUCGGCUAUCAAUGUUCGCGAUUGUAUUGGAGCACUAUAGACCCUCGCAGACGCUGCAAGUACACCUGUAAGGUGACAGAAGUGAGCACGCCUCUCCCUGGUGAGGAACACGAUCCGCAGUGGGACCAAGAAGAGAAUCACACCAUAGUCCACAGUCCCAGCCACCACAGAGAUAUGUCCCCGGAUCGUUUAAGCUCCUCAUCUAGCCCAAUAACGUCCACCACCCCAUCACCCAACUCUAAACAGCACAACACACCUGGAUGCAAAAGUCCUGGUUACACACAGACCAGGAGGCCAGCAGGAGGAUCAUCUCGACCUCUUCCAUCUCCAGGGACCGCUCCUCCUAAAUCACAUCACAUCCUGACAUUGAGGGACCUGGAGGACACCCGUCGGCCUCGCAGGCUCUCAUCAAGAAGUCGGCGCAGUUCCUCGCCAACAGACAGCGACCCAUCUCUACCGAUGACCCUACGCUCUGGUGGCACUGUGCACUCCAGAUGUGCGCUGUUCGGCUCUCCUCCAAGAUCAUCAAACUUGGGAUCAGCAUCGCCUCUUUUGUCACGACAGAACUCAACAUCACCAGUUUGGAGCUCCCCACCGAGAUCCAACUCCAGCAUGUCUGCAGGGCUGUCGCCUCGGCAGGGAGCCAUCACUCACUCCCCCAGAGGGAGGCAAAACUUCAAAAUCACCACUCCUGUUUCUGCAGAGGUUCCCCAAGACUUCUUAGCAUCGUCUGAGGCAGAAGAUGCGGCAGUGGCCACAACCAAUGGGAUCUCACUAGCCCCAGAUAACCUGGAGGAGGAAGUAGCCCACCUGAUGUCCCAGGAGCUGCCGUAUACUGUGUUUGACACUGACACAGAGGUUGCAGUGGCCUCCAUGCUCAGUGCGAAGCUUGACUUUGACGAGGCCCUGCUCACUGAGAAUGUGGCACUUCACUGUGGAGCACAAGGCGGGAGAGGAGAUGUGGAAGGUGUAGUGCCAGAAGUGGAAAUUCAAGACGAUAAUCAGGAGAAUAACUCCGAAGAUGAAGACUCAAGUCAUUACUUUAAGUUUUCACGUACAGUGGUGUGUGAAGCAGCAAGCAGCUCAGACGCCUCAGGUCAGCUCUCUUCAACACAGUCGAUCUCACAGUUGGAUGGAGCAGACGGUGGGUCGGAGAGCGAUGAAAGUGACGCAGCCGAUGAUGAAGCUCAGGAUACAAUAGGAGAAAAGGGAAAGGUCAAGAUUCACACCAACCAUAACACACCUACUAAACAAUUGACUGUUGCUCUAAAGAGACUGGAGUCAAUCUACCCCUUCUCAAAGUCAGGGGUUGAACAAAGAACAGCCGAGCCAGAGUUUGAGGAAAUUCCUCCACCACCUGAAAUUCUUGAAUCAGAUUACGCUAACGAUGACAUAUUAGUUCAGGAGGAAGAGGUCCAGAUGAGCUCUGAAACACCAACAUCUCACAACGAGGUGUUUUUGGGUUCAGCUGCACAACAGGAUGUUUUUUCUGCUGAAGAUGUUCCUGUAGUGUACCCAAACAGCAAUGAAUUUGAUGAUAAAGAUGAAAGUAGCUCGUCGACCGACUCACUUGGAACAUUUAAAGAUGAUUUGAAAGACCCGGACUACUCUCCAGAGCAGGAAACCAAAAAAUCUCCCACAUCACCAAUGAAAACCAUUGUUGUAAAAGCAAAACGUCUAACAUCAAACCUCAAACGCUUAUCGCCAAAACCGUGUCUUCCACAGCACAACCUGCCGUUGUCGCCUCGACCUACACAGGCUGUGAAUAAUGCAUCAGUUUCCCCUGCUGCUGCCACUUUCUGUGCAGUUCCACGCACAGUCACCUCCCCCAUUGUGAUCAACGGGAUGAACGCUCUGCCUAUUCAGCCUGGUGCCACAAGGGGCAGAGCCAUCGCCAUCCGCUUGGAUAACUCGAGGCCAGGAAGUCAGCAGCAAGUUGUGAUUCAGAAUCAAACUGCAGCCACUAGCUCACACCUGCCCCCAACUCCUGCACCUCAAGUCCUGCUGGUCAACCGUCAAGGCCAGAUUCUGAUCAAAGACCCGAGAUCUAACACUUAUCAGUCACUCAGUGCAAAUUCUCCUGCAUACAGUAAAAUAAGCCAAAUCGCCAAGAUCCUCCACAGUGGUAAUGUGUUUCAGCGCUCAGUCCCUCGUGUCAUAGUAAAGCCUCGUUCCAGCCCCUCUGCCACAAAUGCCCCACCUGCCGGUAACCACACACCUGAAAGAAAAAUCAUUGUCAGAAUGAUGCCUGUGAAAAGCAGCGAGACUCCAGGUCCCACAAGUCCUGUCAGUGUGCAGAGUGUUCCUGAAGCAUCUUUCUCCAACCUUGGACAAAGCACAGCCCAGGCUAUCAUUGACAGAGCCAUGGCUAGCCAUCGCGACACACCAAAGACAGUACCCAUCAUCCUCAGUAACACUCAAAAACCGAAGGCCAGACAUCGCAGACCGGCCAAGUUUCAGGAUGCAGAGGACUCUGAUCAGUCGCCAACUGUACAUUCCGAAGCUCCCAGUGGUUUUGUCAGUGAACCAAACCUGCAGCCGUCACCUGCCUCAUCACGCCACCAGGUGAGGGUCAAGAGAGUGUCGUCAGUGUCCGAAAGGCCCCCCAGGAAGAAAUCCAAGAUGGACUUUUUGAGUGAUCCCUCAGAUGAGCUGAAUGAAGUUAAUGAAGCCAGACCAAGUGGUGUGAGAAUGAAAGCUCCAACAAUGAAGGAUGUUCUUGACAUGGACCAGGAGAACAUACCUGAGAAGCCUGAGCAGUUGAGGAUUACGGCUCCACCACUUCAUACACCCUCCAGGCAUCCUCGGGCUGAGAGUCCUCCUACACACGCACAAAUAAACAGUAACAUUCGGGGUAAAACACACAUGUGGUUCAGCGCUCGCCAUGGAGACCUCUCUGAAUGGGGCCCUUAUUCAGGUUUUAGCUCAGAAGAAGAAGCACCUGUCCCCAAACACAGAAAGAGAACAUACAUGAACCAACCACACCUGCGUUUUGAAAUCACCAGCGAUGAUGGCUUCAGUGUUAAAGCUAACAGCAUUGAGGUUGCCUGGCGUGCAGUGAUUGACGGCGUUCUCGAAGCCCGCGCAGGCUUCCACCUGAAGCAGCUGCCUCUUGGCGGGAUGAGCGGCCCCCGGAUGCUCGGUGUCGUUCACGAUGCUGUCAUCUUCCUGCUGGAGCAACUGCAGGGUGCUGCAAACUGCAAGCACCACCGCUUCCGCUUCCACCGCUGUGAUGACAUCGAGGAAGAGCUUCCCCUCAAUCCUAGUGGCUGCGCCCGUUCUGAAGUCUACACACGGAAAGCGACUUUUGAUAUGUUCAACUUUCUGGCGUCACAGCACAGAGAACUCCCAGACAUAGUAGGGCCUUUUGAUGAAGAGGAGGAUGAAUUCCCACUGAAAUCUUCCAGACGAGCCACCAGCAGCGAGCUUCCCAUGGCAAUGAGAUUCAGACAUCUGGAAAAAAUCUCUAAAGAAGCAGUAGGAGUUUACAGAUCUGACAUUCACGGUCGCGGCCUUUUCUGCAAAAGAAACAUCGAGGCUGGGGAGAUGGUGAUCGAGUAUGCUGGAACCGUCAUUCGCUCUGUACUGACUGACAAGCGGGAGAAAUAUUAUGACAGCAAGGGCAUCGGCUGCUACAUGUUCCGCAUCGACGACUUUGACGUGGUGGAUGCGACCAUGCAAGGCAACGCAGCUCGUUUCAUCAACCACUCCUGCGAGCCGAACUGCUAUUCUCGCGUCAUCAACGUGGACGGCCGCAAGCACAUUGUCAUCUUCGCCCUGAGGAAGAUCUACCGGGGAGAAGAACUGACCUACGACUACAAGUUCCCCAUUGAGGAUGAGGAAAACAAGCUGCACUGCAACUGUGGGGCGAGACGCUGCCGUCGCUUCCUGAAUUAGAACAACCAAUAGACAUGCACCAUGUACCAAUGGGCACCUUGUAUGCUUCGCUUGAAUUCAGAAGACGGACCUUUGAUGAACUGAUAAAGCCAACAGUUAACAGCCACAAGAGUGAGGUCGCUGAUAACCUACAGACCUGAUCUACUGAUGGCCUUCACUUUGUUGGAAACUUAAUGUCUAGGCUGAUCAAGGACAACUCGCGUUUGUUCAUUUCUGUUCUGUGAACUGCUGUCAACAGUCACAGAAGCCAGAUUAGAGCCAUAAUGUCAAAGCUGGGGAUGAAUACUAUUUAUGGGAUUUCAGACUGUUGGAUUAUUAGCCUGUUAAAAAUUGCAGCUCAAUCAAUGAAACUGCACAUCUUUUUGUAUUUGUGCAGUUUUAUGGUUUCAUACAACACGUUCUUUCAGUUGUACAUUGUUGUCAGUAGCCUCUGCUGGACCUGGGGCUCGCCAAUGGUCGGGAGGCAACUAUUACCAGCUACAAACAGUACGAACUAAAAUAUCCUGAUCUCAGUUAUUGUUGUCUACAGGGGGGGUUUAAUAUAAUUAUUAUCCUGGUUACAGAGUUUCUGUGUAAGUACAAUGUCACAGAGAAGGAUGACAAUUUAUUUACCACCUUAGUUUGGCUCAGCCUCCUCUGGCAGCAGACAGGACAUUUAUUUCAGAGCAAAAUAAACACAUUUGACUCUAGGCACCUCAUGCUCAUUUUAGUGCAGCUACAUUUUAACUUCACUCUGGAUACCACAGGUCUUGUGUGCAGGGACUCCCAACAUUUUAGGUGCUGGUGACAUUUACCCCAAAAUGUAGUUUUAAUAGUCACCCAAACCAUUUGCCUCAGUCAGUCAGUCGAAAUUUCCUGUUUUUAUUUGUGACGGCAGACAUGCUGUGAUCUCAUUGCUUUUAUUCCACUGUUACAGUCUGCUCCUUGUUUGUUCAUUUGUGCUGUUUGUGUAUUUUAAGGUCUACGAGGGAGUUUUCUUGAUGCAGCGAUCUCGCUCUGCUUUCUGUCCCUUAUAAAUCUUUGUAUUUUUGUAUAUUUGAACAAUAACUGUAUAUUCAAUAAGCUGAUGGAAAAUAAAUGUGUUUGAGGUUUUAACUUUCUGUUUGUAAGUGAAGGUUGGCUAAUAGAACUGAAGCUAUUGCUGAGUAAUGAUCUUAAAUUAAUCUUUUUUUCUUGUUUUCUGCAGCUGUUUUGCACCCUCAUCGUGUUUUGUUUUGUUUUGUUUUUUUUAUUUUUAUUUUGUGUCUCACAGGUGUACUACCUCAAUGGUGUUAUGAAGCAGAUUUAACUUAUAUACACAUUUGUUGAAAAACUGCUUCCUUCCUUUCCUCCUUUCCUCCAUUGUUCAGUCUUUAAUCAUUACAUCUUGAUAGUAUUAAAACAAAUAACAUCAGUACUAUUAAAAACUGACUUGCUAUUAUGCCUGCGAUUGUUUUGUAGGAGUAGGUGUCCACCAUGUUUUGUGCUCAUUUCCUCCCAUGUGCAACCACACCCAACUAAUGGAGGUAGAUAGGAUCGUAGAGUUUAGUUUGAAGGCUGAAUGCAGUGGAUGUAUGUUUUGUGUUUUUGGAUAAAUAUCUGAAUUUGA